AUGUCCGCCAAUCCGUCCCCCGACCUCAUGACAUUUUCUGUCCUCCCCCUCCAGCAUCUCGCUAUGCAGCCCCCCACGUCCACCAAUCUCCGCAUUCGCUCUGUUCGUGAUGCGGAGAUCGUGCUCCAUGCCGUCGCGCUCAACAUUCUCCCCAUGGUCACUCGCCGCCUCGACGACGAAGAGCGACUCUGUCUCCGGUCCGGCUGCGUCUACGUCUGGGAGGAACGAAGUAGCAAUCCACUGGAAGCUACGGGACAGGAGAUCCAGAGGUUCACAGAGGGUCGUAGCUGGGGUCCAUCGCGCGCUCGUGACGAUUUCCUUCUAUACUAUGAGAAGGAAAGUGCGAGCAGGUCCUCGCUUCUCUUCAGGAACAAUUUAGCAGGAUCCUCCCAGCUAAUAAAGCAAACAUAUUCCGUCUUCGUGCACGAUUCGUCCCACACUCCUCGCAAAUGGCAUCUCAACGCAUACUACACCCAGGAUACUGUCGAUCAGCUCAGAACGGUCGACCAGAUGCCCGAACUACGUACAGUCCGAGUUCCGGAGGGCCUCUACGUCUGUGCCCGAAUGGGUGGCACACGUAGAGGUAGCCGAGCCUCGCGAACUACUCCUGUAGACGGCAGGGUUCCUUCACCCCCAUCGACGUCGUCUGUCGGCACGCCGCGUCCUCCAUCGCAGUCUCCAACGGCAGUGGCCCCUCAUGCCACGUCGCCCGUGCCUCAGCCAGGCACCUACCUACUCGAGCGACGCCUCGCUCCGUUGGAAUAUCUGGAGAAUAUUUCCCCGCAGGUUCGUGAUCCUAUUGACGACGCCGUCAUCAGGCGUUUCGAUAGGCUCUAA